AUGAGCCUGGCCGCGAGGGAAGAGAUGCCCCGUGACUCCGAGAUACGGCGAUCUAUCCGUCGCUACAGGCAGCAAGCCGGACAGGUUCCUGCCGAGCCAGCCUCUUUGGCUGACCUGAUCAUCCCAGAUGAGAUGACCAAGACGAAAGAUGCUCCAGGACAGCCAGAAGAGCGGUUUCUGCUGUACGAUAGCGCGAACGAUGAAACCUACGAUGGAGGUAGGAUCGUAAUAUUUUCAAGUGACUGGGGGCUUGAGAAACUGGCGCUGAGUCUGCACUGGGCUGCGGACGGCACCUUCAAGGUGUCGCCCACGCUGUUUCAGCAGUUGUAUACCGUCCACGCGACUACGCUGGGUGUGACGGUGCCCUGCGUGUAUGGCCUAUUAGAGGAUAAGACCGAGCUCACGUACCGUCAGACGUUUAACCAGAUCCGCGCAGCUAUACUCCUUCGCCAUCCCGACGCCGAGGGAAUAUACGGAACCGUGAUCACGGAUCUGGAGAGGGCGGCCAUGAACAGUUUCCAGGAGGUGUUCCCUGAGAAACAGUGCUCUACGUGCUUCUUCCAUCUAUCUCAAGCCGUUUGGAGGAAGCUGCAAAGCCUCGGGCUGCAACGCCAUUACGCGGAGGACGCCGACUUCGCUGUGCAGGUGAGCUUUUGA